AUGUAUAGCGGGGUCGGCGGCGGUAGCGCGGAGGACGAGCAGGCGAGGAUGAUGGCGAGGAAUAUGCAGAAGAUGAUGGAGUCCUGCCCAGGCAAAACCGCCGUGUCGGGCGUAAUGGGCUUCGCCCUCGGCGGCGCAUUCGGCCUCUUCAUGGCUUCAAUGCAAUACGACACCCCCCUCCACACCUCCUCCUCCGCCGAAGCCAUCAAGUCCCUGCCCCUGCGCCAGCAGCUCAAAGCCGGCCUCCGCGACAUGGGCGCGCGCUCCUACGCCUCGGCCCGCAACUUCGGCAAGGUCGGCGCCAUCUUCGCCGGCACCGAGUGCUGCAUCGAGGGCUUCCGCGCCAAGAACGACCUCAUGAACGGCGUCUGGGCCGGCUGCAUCACGGGCGGCGCGCUGGCGGCCCCCGCGGGGCCCCAGGCUGCCGCGCUGGGCUGCGCGGGCUUUGCCGCUUUCUCGGCGGCUAUCGAUGCGUAUAUGCGGCGGCCGAGUGAGCUGGACUAG